AUGGCAGCAGAACGGACGACGCACGAGCUGGCUGGCCCGGAGCUGGUGGCGAUCGAGUGUCCGCUCCAGUUGAAGCCGCAGACAGAAGACACCGCAGGUCAACGGGGACGAUCCGGAUCGGCCUACGAUGGAUUGAUUGACCGGCUGGGUGGGCUAAGUCUGCUGUCCAGUCAGCUCGGCGAGAGGGAUCCCAAUCGGCCCGUCGAAAUCACGCUCGUCAAGUCCUCCACUAAUGACUUCAUCAGACCCGUCCCCGGCGAAUGGGUCCAGACCAACAACAUCCUCGUCAAGCUCAUUAAACGCACCCGAAGACCCAAGAACCGCCCAACUGGAAGCACCGUCACCAGUCCUACUCCUAACGACCAUGCCGCCCAACCUACCCGCCUCUUCAAGAUCGAACCAGUGGGGGUGAUCCCUCUGACAGUAAGAUUCCGAGCUUUGGCAGAUUAUCAGUACACACCUGACCUCAAACAUCCGAUCAACACCUUGGCUCGGGAUAUGAGGUCUUUGAAUUUCGAGGGGGUUUUAAAAUUCCGAUUCGAGGCCGAAACCGAGGAUUAUUCGAGCUCCAAGAUCGGUUUGUUCCCGCCUCCGUUGUUCAGUCGUUACCUCGUUCCUCAGCAAUACCACUAUCGACAAAAUGCACCUACGGUCGUCAUGCAGAAUCCUGAUGGUUCGCAGCGGCUAAUCAAUCGGACGAGAUACGUGCCUAUGGGCCCACAAACCAUCACCUUUGAGCAACCUGAUGUCCCGCAGGGUCCAUUAACAAGAGACUCGGAACAACAGAAGCCAGAAAAUGAAGCACUGUUCCAAAAACUUUUGUCGCUGUUUGAACAAAGACCGGUUUGGUCCCGGAUGGCUUUUCAGCAUCAUCUUACUCCCGCUGAUUUGCGCUACAUUCGUCAGCACAAGGUCGUCCUCUCUCUCUAUUGCUAUUUGUUUUCCGACGGACCUUUUCGAGAACUCUUGAUCAAGUUUGGCUAUGAUCCUAGGCUUAAUCCGGAGUCUAGAUUUUUUCAGAGAAUGUCUUUGAGAAAUGUCGAUCGCAAAGAAGUUAAGGAUAAGUUUACUCUGAAGUUGUUGAAGAAACCGCAUAAUAGAGCCGAUGCUGCAGACGUGGCAACUUCAGAUAAUCUACGAGACCACAUUUUUGACGGAUUAGAAUUGCACCAAACCGUAGGAACCUACCAGCUAUGUGAUAUAACCGACCCGUUAUUGGUCUCAUUGAUCAACUCGACCAAGGGAGUCUUACCGAAAUGCCAUGUCCGAACAGGAUGGUAUACGUCUAAUGCGAUCGAACAGAUCCGGUCAAUCCUUCGCCGAAAGUUCCACGCCUUACUUGACGAACAACGAGUAGUAAAAGACGUUGAAUGUGUCGAUCUGUUGGAUAUUGAUAUCAGUCAAGAUGCGGUAGACUUAUUGAAGAAGCCUGACCCUGCCCUUCGAAAAUCUAAAGGCUCACGUCAAAACAUGGACUCCCAGCCGGAUCAAGAGCCCGUUGAUGGUGAUGUGGAUGCAAGCGAGAAUCAGGCAUCCUCUUCCCGGCGCCGGAAACCGGCCAGCGCGAAGCCAAGUCAUCCAAACCCACUACUCAAGCUCCGGCGAGAAAGACAAAGAGUAAAGGCCAAAGCGGUCGGAAAACGCGCUGCAUUCACUGAACCUAGCGGCCAGAACGUCCGGGAGCCUGAUCCGGGUCCCUCUCGUGGACCGGCCGAGGCUUCAACAACGAACAGAAAGGCCGGCGACGGGCCUGGAGAAGACAAAGGGUCUGAUGUCGAGAGUGAACCCGCAGGCGAUGAUGAAGAAGAGCGGGAGGUAGAUGAAGACGAUUUCUUUCGUGAAGAUGAGGAAGAUGAAGAAGAUGAGGACGAGAGUCUCGCCGAUGAAGACGAGGAUGAAAGCUCAAGUCUAUCUGAACUGAGCGACUGA